AUGGCAUUUGAGCUUUAAUUGAAUUCUUGGGCUCUUCUUCGACAGAUUAUUCAUUAGUAGGGGAUAAGCGCAAACGCUAAAAACAACAGAAAUCUUGAAAACGUUUCUUGAAUUUUCCAAUAAAACAAAUUUCCACGAAGGAAACAUAGAAACGACAGACACAUAAAGACAGACAGACAUUGCAUUGGGCGGCUUGUGGUGGUGGCGAUGGUGAUGGUAAUACUUCCUGCAACCCUAAUGACGAAAACCGCAUGAACCAAGGAAACCUAAUGAAAAUCACCAGAGUGAACAACAGCUUUUUUCCUCGUAACCAUUGACUAAAGACACAACCACAAUGCAAAGCAAUGCUGUCUAACAGCUGCAGUUGGUUGUGUGGUUAAAAAAUUUAAUUAAAAACAAGGUUAAAACCGGAAGCAAAGAACAAUUGCCAAAGAUUACAGUGAGCGCGCAAAAAAAACCGCAAAGCGCAAAAGUGAAUGUUUUUGUGUUUCCUCCAUAAAAAUUUUAAAUGCUAAAGAAACCGAAAACUUAGAAGUAACGGGCAAAGGUCUCCCCCCACACACACACAAACCCAUUGGUAGAGAAAAACGCCCAGCAAGUUUUUUGUCGAAUUCUAUAACAGCAGCCGGUUAGUUGUUAUUCUGUAACGAAAGUGUUAACUUAUGCUGCUGCAUGAAUUGCAAAUGGGGUUAGAUGCAAAGUGAAUUUUAACAAAGUCAAAGACAAAAAAAAAAAUUCGAAAUUCGCCCUCCACACUGCACCAACGAUAUUAUCUAGUGCCACAGUGUUAUUAAGAAAGUUUCCUUUGCUCAAGGUGUUGUUUGCAAAAACCAAAGUAAAAAAGAAAAUAUUUUUAUUAUUGGAAAUUUAAGUACUAAAAAUUGAGAAACAAAAAACAAACCCCAAUUCCGAUAAACUUUUACUCUAGCCAAUAUGUUGUCCCCUGAUAUCUGUACCAGGCUGAUGAUGGCUCUGACAUUAUGGCUGCUAUUGGGUGCCAUCACUACACCCAUCGGGAUGAUGCGGGUGUCUGCUGCCAACAUCGAUAAGCCAGCCAUAGAAAAUGAAAUUUUACGUUUCUCCUAUGAGCUGGAGUCCUGGCUGGAUUUAACGAAAAAGCCCUGUGAUGAUUUUUUCUCCUAUGUCUGUGGACGCUCUUUGAAUGCCUCCUCCAACAAGGCACAGCAGGACAAACGCCUGCAACAGGAGCAAUUGAAGUUCAAUAAAUUUCUAGAGCUGCAAAACGAGGAGGAACUCAUGGAUGCCGAAUUGAAAGUUAAGCAUUUUUACGACUCAUGUCAGAAUGCCCGUCUCAUAGAACACCUGAAGAGCACUUUAAUGUAUCGUUUAUCUGGUGGCUGGCCAGCCGUCGAUGAUUCCAUAGCAAUGCUGCGAAAGCGUCGCAAUAUGACUUGGUUGCAGGUUUUAAGUGUUUUCCAUGAGUCAGGUGUGCCCUAUUUCUUUAAGACCCAAAUCGAAUUGCGUUCAAACAAGCGUGUGGUGGAAAUACGUCCAGACGAUAUACUACGCUAUACACUGAGAAAAUUCGAACAGCUAUUGGGUGAGGUAAUGCAAGCAUAUAACGUCGAUGCUGGACGUGGUCGUUUGGCAUCCUUGGAGAUAUUGAAUUUUGAGCGUAAUGCCAGGGAUAUUAUGAAAAUCACAGUGGCCACUGAUGAAAAGCUUAAGGAGUAUUCCUAUGAGGAUUUUAAGGGAUUGAAUUUUGGUUCAGUGCCUCCCUUGGAUUGGGAUAACUAUUUUCGCAAAGUUAUGGGAAAACCUUUAAAGGCCACAGAUACGGUUAUUGUCAUGGAUUUACCCAAGCUAAUACAAUACUUUGAGCUGUUGGAAUCGACAACAUUGACGAGAUUUUUGAAUUGGUUGUGGAUUAAUUAUUUAAUGGAUAAAACCCCCUCGGAUUGUCAAAUGUUAACCGAAACCUAUUUCGGACCUGUCUAUCGUCACAUUGUACAACGUUCUGCCAUCAAUAAGGUGCAAAUGGCACAAAUGUACUCGGAAUUGGGACAAGCAUAUGAUCAACUUUUAGCCAACACCCCUUGGAUUGAUGAAAUCACUCAGCAAAACUCAAAGUUAUUUUUAGGUCGCAUUAUGCACUUCACCCUAAAUGGUGAUGCCAAAUUAGAUGCCGAAUACGAAUCGCUUUCAAUAACCAAACGUAAUUUCUAUCGCAAUAUGGAGAAGGCUCAGCGAUUUGUGGCUCAACGCAGCAAGGUGGAAAGUGAGGCGAAACCCAGCACUAGUUCUGUGGCUCAAGUUACUCAAAGUUCGCGAACUUUUAUGCAGACUUUCUUGACCAUCAACAAUUUGAUGCAAGAGCAACAGAAUUUGAGUGUACCCCUCAAUUAUGUGCUGAUGGGACAGAAAUUCGCUGAAGUUAUGAUUGGUGGCAGCUAUGUGACGCCAGGCGCAUGGAGAAGUAUGGACUCGGAGCGCCAAUUUGCUGCCUUUGAACGUUGUCUGGGACGUCAGCAACAGGGCUCAACAACUAGAAAUUUCAAUAUUAACGAUUUGAUAUUAAAGCUCUUGGCUCAGCAACAAGCCUGGUAUACCUACAAGCAAUGGCUGCAACGUGAUGAUGAAUUCAUACAGAAAAUUGAUCGUCUUUUAAACGCUGGACGUCUACAGUUAUCCAUGGAAAAACUUUACUUUGUGGCCAGCUCUUUGGUGGAUUGUCAAUUAAAUCUUAUGCCCGAACGACGAGAGAUUGUUCAUGCUUUUUUGAAACAAUCCAAAGAGUUUCAACAAGUUUUCCAAUGUCAGCCACGCGACACUUUGUAUAUGCCUAAUAAGUGUUCUUUAUUGUAAGAUUUAAAGUGAAUUUAAAUAAAAUUUGAAAAACUGUAAUGUA